AUGGAACCAUGCACCGGAGAGACCGCUGAAUUCGCAAAAGAAGAUAAUAUGAGUAGUCCCAUUUCAGUGAUGAUUUCCGACCCACGAGUCUUUGAUUGCUGCAUUUGUUUUCAACCUUUGAGUACUCCCGUAUUUCUGUGUGGUAAUGGUCAUAUUGUUUGCUCUACAUGCUGUGAUAAACUUGGGAAAGUGUGUGACAAGUGCUCAAAUCGCAUUGGUUUAAAAAGUUUUAGAGCCUUUGACAAUCUAUUGCAAUCUAUCAAGAUGUCUUGCUCAAAUGAAAAACAUGGAUGCAAGAAGACAAUAAGUUUCAGUGAUAAGAGGAAACAUGAAGAUGAAUGCAUCUAUGAGCCAUGUUACUGUCCCUUUUCUGGUUGUGAAUUUGUUGCCUCAUCGGAAUUGUUGUCCAAUCAUUUCAGCCAUAAACAUGGGGAUUCUCUAAUCAAAUUUUCUUAUGGUCACUCCUUCAUUGUCUCCUUGAAAUCUAAUGAUGAAGUCACUGUUCUUCAAGAAAAAGCUAAUGGGAAACUAUUUAUUCUAAACAAUAGUACUACGGUUAUCGGAAAUGCAAUCAAUAUUUGUUUCAUCGGUCCUAAAUUUUCAAUGGCCAAGUAUGCUUAUACUAUAUCAGCAAGGUUCGAAAAAUGCAACCUGAAGUUAAAGUCCUCCUCAAAGAAUGUCCAGCGGGUUGAUUUAACAACUCUUUCACCUCCGUUUCUUCUAAUUCCAUUUGGUUAUUUUGGCUCUUCCAAACUUCUCAAUUUAAAAGUUUUCGUAAUCCCCGAGAUACAAAUCUUUAUAAAUAGACCGCUUGAACAGAUGAUGAUCUCCUUGAAGGUGGAGAGUUCAGACACAAUAGGCAAUGUGAAAGUGAAGAUUUUGAACAAGGAAGGGAUCCCCGUGGAUCAGCAAAACCUGAUCUUUGCCAAAAAGCAACUACAUGACAACGGCACCAUCGCGGAUUACAACAUCCAAGAGAAUUCAAUCCUUCAACUCAUUUCCAAACCAUCAUUUUAA